UCAAUCCAGAACGACUCAAAUGUCAACUCCAUUAAUUUUAAUAAUAUUGAGCUAGAACUUCCACAAAAUUGCAAAAAAUUGAAGCUCUAAGUCCGAGAACAGCUCUAGUAGAAUAGGACUACACUUAACUUGAAGGAUUUACGGGAUUAUAAAAUAGAUAUGUUUGGUUUCAAAGUGAAUGAGCUUGGUCGAUACAUUGUCGUGCUAGUGUGGAUGUUGAUCAAUAUUAUCCUCUUUGUCAUGACAUAUAUUGACUAUGGAUCGACGAAAAAAUUCACCUAUCUUAGGGCGGUGAUUAAGAAAGGGCUGCCUAUUGCAAGAGGUGCAGCGAUGGUACUGAACUUCAACUGCAUGUUGAUUCUGCUAACGAUGUGUCGGAAUAUUAUAUCACUGAUUAGAAGCCAUUGUAAUUAUGCCGUAAUGAGACCUGUCAUUCGCGUUCUGGACAAAUGUGUUACAUUCCAUAAGUACAUUGCUUAUACAAUAUGCUUAAUGACAAUUGUCCAUGUUGGUGCGCACUGUUUUAAUUUUGAAAACCUUGCCAAUAGCUGGGAAACUGAAGAAAAGAUUAAUCACAAGCUGAGUCAGAGUAACGAGAUGGUUAAUCCUAUCAGGGAGAAAAACGCUGACCCUGUAACUGAGUUGUUUAAAUCCAUCCCCGGUCUGACUGGUGCUGUUAUAACACUCUGCCUAAUUGUAAUGGUGUCAUCUUCGACGGAAUUGAUCAGACGGUCUUAUUUUGAAGUCUUUUGGUACUUUCAUCACCUCUUUAUUCUGUUCUUCAUUGGUCUUCUAGUCCAUGGAAUAGGCCGCGUCCUUCGCUUUCAAACCAAUGUAAAAGAACACGACCCUGAAUACUGCUUGGAUCAUCUUGAUUACUGGGGCAAGAAGGAUACCAAUUGCUCUGAACUACCUACUUUUGAUUCUUACGGAGCUUCGACGUGGAAGUUUAUUCUUGUCCCUCUCAUUUUAUACUUUCUUGAACGAUGUCUGCGGUUCUACAGAUCGUUACAAGGUGUUCAAGUUGUAAAGGUUAUCAAACAUCCCUCCAACGUUGUAGAAAUUCACAUGAAAAAAUCAGGGUUUUCUUGUGAAGCUGGUCAGUAUAUUUGCAUUCAGUGUUCCAAGAUAUCACAACUGGAGUGGCAUCCAUUCACACUCACUUCUGCACCAGAGGAAGAUUACUUCAGUGUUCACGUCCGCGUUGUUGGAGACUGGACUUCUGCACUUAGCAGGGAGCUUGGAGCAGAUGGAGAUCAGUUACGAAACGUGAGCGAACUGCCAAGGAUGGCUGUAGAUGGUCCUUAUGGAACUGCAAGCACUGAUGUGUUCAAAUACAAUGUAGUGAUGUGCAUUGGUGCUGGUAUCGGGGUUACACCAUUUGCUUCUAUACUCAAGUCUAUCUGGUAUCGACACCAGUCCUCGCCUGACAACUUGUGUGUCCAGAAGGUCUAUUUCUACUGGAUCUGUAGAGAGAGUUUUGCUUUUGAAUGGUUUUCUGAUCUACUCAAGCUUCUGGAAAUACAGAUGGCUGAAUCAAAUCAUAGUGACUUCAUACAGAUCAACAUUUUUCUAACAAAGUGGGAUACAAAAAUGGCCAAACGCCUCGUGCUCGAAGAACCAACAGCAGAACGGGACCCUAUCACGGGACUGUUUUCGAGAACCGAAUAUGGAAGACCUGGUUGGAAGGACAUCUUCAAGAGUGUAGCUGUUGCUCAUAAUAACACUAAUAUCGGUGUGUUUUUCUGUGGACCGUCGGGUCUGUCACAUGACCUCCAUAAGAUGUGCAACCAAUCAAACGACGAGACAAAAGGCGUGAAAUUCUUUUACAAUAAGGAGAAUUUCUGAAGCACACGUUUGAAGGAUAGGUAAAGACGUGUUGGGCUUUCAAGUUCUGUGCUCUCAUAAAAAUACGUAUGUAAUAGGCCAUUUGCAUGAUGACGUCAUUUUACUAGCACUACCACAAUGCUUUGCGAAUUUCGUUAUUUUUUUGUUUGUAUUUCCUCAUGAGAAUAGUAAGACAAUAAUUAACUGAACAAAAGAAAGUGUGCAAGGGAGUCUGGUAGUGGUAAUAAAUGACGCUAUAAUGCACUGAGUGACCCAUUAACUUACGCAUAGUAACAAAAUGGCCUUCCGUAACAAUAAAAUGGCUUCCCAUCCUUUUUUCUUGCAUUCAAACGCAACAUUUAAUAACCACAUGGCUUUUUGUAACACUAUAAAUUGGCUUUCAAGGCUCUGCUUUCAUGAAAGCACGUGAACAACGCACGUCUAACACUGUAACGCUGAAAUGGCUUCCCAGUGUUUUUCCUGGCAUUCAAACGCAACAUAUCAGCAGCGACAUGGCUUUCUGUGACACUGAAGCGGGUUUCCUACUCAAAUGAAAAUUGCGAAAACUAUAAAUUACAAAAUAAUAUUAAGGAAAUAUUUUCAAGAUAAUCCAUCAACGAGUAUAGAUAUAUUCUUGUAAAUAAAGAAUAAAAGAAUAAUACAAAAAUUAAAUUUACGCUAGAUAUUUUAAGUCAAACAUGCGUUUUUUUAUAGAAAUAUUCCAAAAAUAAUAAUAAAUAAAUGUUUUAUUAAAUGCAA